AUGGAAACUCCACUCGGCAUCAUCCUUCAGCGCAUGCCCCAGCAAUUACUGGCCCAAACCCCUGCAGAGGACUGGACUGGUGUCACGAGUACGGCUGAGCGGAGGAAGCGGCAAAACCGGCUUAACAAAAGAUCACAAUACCAGAAAGCUCGGCUUCAGGGCCAGCAGAACAGAGCCGCAUCCAGAGUGGUGAUGGAACCUGGGUUACUCGAUUCAGGUGUACUAACAUCGUCAACCGAAACGGCACCCCAGACGUCAACAUAUGUUGUUCUGGACGCUCUUCUACAUGCCUGUGAAAUAUUUGAGAGCGCCGAAAUCCGAGAGAGGAUUUUUGCACUCGCGCACGAUGCCUACCUGCACCAUAUAAUGAACACGCCCCGUGUCUCUCAACUCCCAUUUCUCAUCACAUUGAACAUCAACAUCGCCAUGGCCAAGAACGCUGUUCAGAUGGGUUUCAAGCCUGAAAUCUUGUGUCUCGAGGAGAUUAUAUCGCCGUUUAAUCAGCUCGGGCCAACACAGUAUGCGCCUACCUGCCCCCAAAAUCUGGAACCUACCGCUGUACAGCAUCAGAUCAUGCACCAUCCUUGGCUUGAUGUGUUUCCAUUCCCAAGGUUCAGAGACAAUGUCAUACAGGCAGUCGCCGCGAAUCUCAUGGACGACGAUGAACUGUGUGCUGACGUGGCCGAGAUGAACUACGACGGCACGGCGAGGCCAAGCCUGAUCGUUUGGGGGGAGCCUUGUGAUCCCAGCGGCUGGGAAGCGUCCAUUUCAUUUCUUCACAAAUGGGGCUGGUUACUUCAAGGCUGUCCGGAGGUAUUGGAAGCGACAAACAGAUGGCGAGAGUGUAGAGGAGAAAAACGCCUUUACUGGCAUGAUACUUGGAUGUAA